UUGCCAGGACCACUUGACUCCUGACCUCAUCACAGCCAUGAUACAAAGAUAAACAAAGACCGAAUUCCAGAGGUUGAGAGAUAACAAUGACAACAUGGAAGAAAUGAUGUAACCCAUGGGGCAAGUUAAAUUCCAGGUUACUGAAGACAUCAUGUACCCAUAUGUUAUGAAACCACCUGCAAGAGAGCAUAAUCAAUUCAAAGGUGCCGAGUUAUCUUAAAGGGAAAGACCCUGGAGUCCAGUAUUCAGGCAUUACAGUCCUACGUUUCAUUUUACUGAAAGAACCUGUCCAUUGGUUGCCCUGAGCACCCCCUUUUCUAAUUCAUGAGCCAGAGGGAUGCAGUCGCUCAGCUUUCAGAAAGGCUUCUCAUAGCUGCACACAAAGGCCAGACAGAGAAUGUGGUGCAGCUCAUCAACAAGGGGGCCAAAAUAGCUGUCACUAAGCAUGGACGUACUGCACUGCAUUUGGCUGCGUACAAGGGCCACAUUGACGUUGUGCGAAUUCUCCUGAAAGCCAGUUGUGAUCUGGACAUCCAGGAUGAUAGUGAUCAAACAGCCUUGCAUCGAGCAGCUGUUGUGGGUAAUACCGAGGUCAUCUCAGCACUCAUUCUUGAGGGGUGUGGUCUAGACCGGCAGGACAAGGAUGGUAACACCGCUCUGCAUGAAGCCUGCUGGCACGGGUUCAGUCAAUCUGUCAAACUCCUGGUCAAGGCAGGAGCAAAUGUCCAUGCAAAGAAUCAGGCAGGUAACUUAGCCCUCCACUUGGCCUGUCAGAAUGGCCAUUCCCAGAGUUCCCGUGUACUAUUGCUAGGAGGGUCCAGACCUGACAUUAAGAACAGUAUGGGUGACACUUGUUUACACAUUGCUACUCGUUACAAUCACGUGACUAUUAUUAGAAUCCUUCUGAGUGCUUUCUGUUCUGUUAGUGAGAAGAACCAGGCGGGAGACUCACCACUCCAUAUUGCUGCUGCUCUCAACCACAAGAAAAUAGCAAGACUUUUAUUGGAAGCUGGGGCUGAUAGCAACAUUGUCAAUAAUGCAGGGCUGAGCCCUCUGGAAGCAGCCAGAGAGAAUAACAGCCCAGAAGUCGCCCUUCUUCUCACGAAGGCGCCACAGGUUCUCAGUUUCUGUCGUGGGAGAAGCCUGAGGAAGAGGAGGGAAAAACUCAAGCAAGAACGAAGAGCCCAAUCUGUGCCUCGUGAUGAUUUGAUCCAGAGUAAGGGAAGUGUCUCAGUGGAUGAUGGCCACAGCAGUGAACAAGGACAUAAGAAGAAAAAAAAUGGGGAUGAUUUAAUCGCAGUAGCUACACCAGAACAGAAGAAAAAGUGGGAGAGAAAGAAAAAACAGAAGAGUUCCACUCUUUCUGAUCCCCUUCCACUGACAGACCAGCAGCCUCAACAAGACAAUGCAAAUAUCAGGAAAAGGAGAAGCAAACAUUGCUGCUGUUCCCCAAACCCACAGCAAGCUCUACUCCCUCAUAAUUUCCGUGCCUACCAGCUUUAUACAUUAUACAGAAACAAGGAUGGCAAAAUCAUGCAGGCCCCGAUAAAUGGUUGCCGUUGUGAGCCCUUGAUCAAUAAACUUGAGAACCGUCUUGAAGCCACAAAGGAAGAAAUAAAAGCCGAACUUGAAAUUGUGCAAGGAAAAUUGAAUGCAAAACUUGGAGAACUGGAAGGAAGAAAUAAGCAUGAGAUCAGAGUCCUAGAUAAACUAACAUCUGAGAGGAUCUCAGCUGAACGGACAGAAUGCCUCCAUCGUAUUGACCAGCGUGCAGUGCUCGAGAGACUGGAAGGAGACAAACGCCAGUCUUCACUGGUGGAUGAUAUGAAAUCUUGGUGUAUGUCAAAGCUUCAAAAUCUUGAGCUGAAGUUAUCAGGAGAACUGCGAUCUAAAUCUGCAACCCCCACCAGUGAAAUUGUGCCAGAAGGUCUAGGACCUGAUGCCGUUCUAAGCACCAGGGACCAUGGAACUGUCCAGAUGUGUCCUGUUACACAGCAAGCAGGAGAACUAUUACAACAUCCUGACAUCAACCUACAUGAUUGUUUGUUAGAAGAAUCAGGAGGUGCCAAAAUCCAAUCCCCAGUUGAAGCAUUAUGUAGACAACAGGAUAUUCCACCAGGAACUGCACAGUCGGCACUGACUGCUUCUAAAUCCGCCUUAACCACUGCCCAAGCAAUUUCUCUUCCAGCUGUUCGACCAAAGGAAAGGGCUGUUUAUUCUGCUCCCCCUUCUAAAACACCCCACGACUUGACACCUGUGGAGCAGCCGUUGCCAAAAUCUAGUCAUGUUAAGUUUCAGACAUCUAGUGAAACUUCAGCUGUGAAAAUGGACCAACCGUUGAGAGUUCAUCCACUUCGGGGAUACAAUCAAAACAAAAGCACCCAGACUAAAAAAUCUCUCAGUGUAAGACAUAGGCAACAACAGAGCAGCACGUUGCUUUCUGCUGCACAGUGCAUGGAGCAACCUCACACAUUGGUCAAGGAGAGCAUACCUGUGCUUGAAAUCACUCAAUAUUUUUUUGAGGCAGUUUCCACACAGAUGGAAAAGUGGUAUGAGAGGAAGAUUGAGGAAGCAAAAUGUCAAGCUGAUCAGAAGGCCCAUCAGGAUAAAGUCGCUUUGCUGGAGCAGAUUAAAAGCUUAGAAGAAGAAUUACAGAAACUUAGGACUAAAAUGCAGAAAGAUAGCUAGCAGAUGCCAGUCAAAGACACUCUUUCCUAUCAAGUUAAAUAUUACCUGUGGCAACUGACACCUCAAUAUUCUUAGCUGGAGAGUAGCACAUAAGAAUUAACAUAAGUGUAUGUGGGCUUCCACUGUACAGGAGACUUGUAUUUUAAAAAUUGCAUAAUGUUGUUUUGCAUUUGUUGGUCUCUUGAGUUACAAAUUCAACCUCUUACCACCCUAUUUCAGGGCCUACCCGUAACAUUAAAAAAUAUUUUAUGCCUUAUGUUCAUCAAAACUAAGCACGAAAUAAAUUCACUGAUAGACCCUCAUGCUUCUGUAUUGUACAAGUUAGUAAAUUAUUACUCAUGAAAAGUGUUGCAAGCAAAUAUAUUCUAAUUACAUUCCUGUUAUAUUGUACCAUGGCAGAUUAAAUGUUGCACAUUGUGUACGUCAGUACUAAUGCUAUUCACAGGUUUAAUAUGGGCUCAGAGAAUUAACAAAAAAAUGAAUAUGAUAAAUAUUAUAAUCUGAAAAUGAAGCAAAUUACAUUUUAAGUUUUUUUUUGCAUUUGAAUACCCAUUGUAUCAGAAGUUGUUUAAAAUUUAUUGACUAAAAUGCACAGGGUAAACACUGACUUAUGGUUACUGCUGUUAGAUUCUGGCAAAUCCACCACACACAGUGAUACAUAGAAUAUGAUGAGGUGGAUUUGAAGUGGAUGUAAUCAUGGAUAUAAGUGACCAGAGAUUUCUGUGGAGAUUUUUGCUUCACGUGACUACGUGCUGGCGAAUCAAACAAGUUGAGAAUUAACCAGGAAGAGUAUUUUUCAUUCCAAAAAUUCCAUUGUGUGAUGGGUGUUAGGGGAUGGUGGUUGAGAUUUGAUAACGUUACAUCUUUGCUGUUUUACAGCCUUUACAAUGUAUCCGGUCCCAGUUGUCCAUAGGUUAAUGUAUAACAGACUAGGCAGCAGUCAAAGUGGAUUUGAAGAUUUAACAGUAAAAGAAAGUUAAAGCAACUCUUUAAAGUGUGCCCUAUAUACAGAUUUGGACUAUUCCAUACUUUUUUCCUUUGGCUCAAUUAAUUUCAAAGUCUUUCUGCUAUAAAUUCUGAACAGUGUAACUUUUUAAAAUUUAAUCUAUCAUGGGAUGUGGAUAUUGCUAGAAGACCAGUAUUUGUUUCCCAUCCCUCAUUACCCUCGAACUAAGUGGCUUGCUUGGCCGUUUCAGACCAGUUAAGAGUCAAUCACAAUUAUGUAUUUUUAGCCGGAUCAGAAAGCAACAGCAAAUUUCCUUCUCUGAAGGAUAUUAAUUGUCUGGGAGAGAGGGGAUUUGUCAAGGUGGGAUGCAGAAUGGUGGCGCAGUAAACUAAGUCCAGAGACCCAGAUAAAGUUUUGGGGACCCUCUGGGUUCGAAUCCUCCCCAUAGCAGAUGUUGAAAUUUCAAAUCAAUUAAAAACCUGAAAUUAAGAGUCUAAUGAUGACCAUGAAACCAUCGUUGAUUGUCAGAAAAGCCUAUCUGGUACACUAAUGUUCUUUAGGCAAACAACUGCCAUCCUUACUUGGUCUGGUCUACAUUUGACUUCAGACCUAUAGAAAUGUGGUUGACUCAUCAGUUAGGAAUGGGCAGUAAAUGCUGGCCUAGCCAGUGAUGCUAACAUCCCAUGAAUGAAUUAAAAAAUGAUAUUGACAGAACCCAAUGACAGUUUCAUGGACACCUUUUAGAAUUAGAAUCCCUACAUUGUGGGAACAAGACAUUCAGCCCAACAAGUCCACACCAACCCUCAGAAGAGCAUCCAAACCGUGACCUAGUCCCCCUACCCCAUCCCUGUAACCCCGCAUCUAACUUGAAGCCAAAAACAAACACAACAUCUGGUGUUGUUUUGUACAUUUUUGCUAGUUAUUUCCUAAUAUCUGGCCUUAGGAACUGUGGGUUUGCCAGGAUGGAGAACAUUGUCAACCAUUGUCCAUGCUAAAUUACCCAGUGUUCAGGCCAAUCCACCUAUCUUGCACGUCUUUGGACUGUGGGAGGAAACCCACGCAGACAUGGGAAUAAUGUGCAAACUGCACACAGAUUGUCACCCAAGGGUGGAACUGAUCCCAGGUCCCUGGCGCUGUGAGGCAGCAGUGCUAACCACUGAGCCACCAUGCCGCCCUGAGAUUAGAUUCAGAUUUUGUUAAAUGGAAUUAAAUUCCACUAGCUACCAUGAUGAGAUUUGAACCCAUGUCCUCAAAGGAUUAUCUUGAGUCUCUGGAUUACUGCUUUGGUGGUGUUACCACUUCAGUACUGUCUCCCACUCCUGGCAAGGUGGAUGAUGAAUUUCCAAAUUGGAUUCCUAUCAUAUUUUUGUUUUCUAAAGGGGAAAGGAAGGAUAUCAAGCCAUUGGGAUAGUAUCAGAGGAAGUUUAUGGACAUUGUUUCUGUUGCAAUUGGAGAGACACUGGUAAUAGUGUAAGCAAUUUUUUUGCACAAUAUCAAUAAUAAACACUUUUAAUGAAGUGCAUUUUAAAAUGUGUUAGUUUUCCCACAUUAUUGCUCAUGGUCUUUGGAUUAGGGAAUGGUACACAAGUUGAGCAAGUCAGAAUCUGUCACUCACAACAUCGAGAUGUAGGACACUCAGGUUAGGUCUUGAUGUGAGUGGAGCCAUAGCAUUUCGAGGAAGAGGGAGGGAUCAGAAACAAGCCCAGGGUGAAUUCAAUGCUGAAGGAGCCUGCAGAGCUUUUAUGGCAGCCAAAAAUUUAGUGCAUAAAUGAAACUUUAUAAAAGUUACAACUACUUGAUAACAGUAAAGAAAAAAUGUGCAGGAUCAUGAGCAUAUUUGUUGCCUUACCAGCAUUCUGAAAACCUUAAGUACUAACUAUUCUUGCCAGAUGUCCAUAUUUCACCAUUUCUCCAUUUAACAAGUGCAAGGAGCCCUCUUGUGACACAGUGGUGAUGCCCCUAUCUUUGGAACAGGAGACCCAGGUUAAAGUCCCACUUGCUCCAGAGGUGUGUAAUAACAUCGCUGAAUGAGUUGAUUAGAAAAAUAAGUUUGACAAUUGCAGGUAUGUACUUUCCUAAAUUUGUAGCCCUAAUUAUUAUCAAGUUAUUAUAUUUGUUGCCACAACUUCUACAAAACUUAAUAAAUCUGCCAGCAGUGGUUGAUCACCAAAAUGGCAGCCAAAGCAACAAAUGGGACUAAAAUAACUACAGAAGUUGCAAAUAUUUUGAUGAUAUGGGGGUGCCUGAUACUAACCAUCAAAAUGAUAACAACUUCUUCAUUAACCAGGAGAUAUUAGAUAUUUUGCUUUCUUUAUUUAGUUUACAAAUGAUAAAAUGUGCAAGAAUGGUGGUUAACUCUUGUUAUUGGAUCUGUAAAAUUUACAUCCUCAAGGUGAAAAUAAUUGUAGUUUAGAUAUAAUGAGCUAUUGGUACAUUUGGGAUUAGAAGAACUUAAUGUUGCAAAGGAUUUAAAUUUUAUAAGUAACCAGCAGCUUCGUUAGAAGUUCACUACUGACCUCCCAACAGCUACAAAAUGCUGUUUAGAAAAUGAAUUUCAUGAAUGUAGUAAAUGUAUGUCACAGUAUUGAUUUUGAAAGGUCUUGUUCAUUUCGGACAGAAAUAAUUUUGAUCAUGAUGUGUGAGAUGUACUUUGGACAGCAAGACUUCAUUGUAAAACUGUAUCUUUUCUUUAUGCCAAUUUAGUAUUGUGAUUUCUAUGUAAUGCACAACAUCAUGGUUGAAAUAAUGACAUGGAUACUUGUAUGUAUGAGACAUCAAUAAUAUUUAAAGAUUAUUCAGCAGAAUAAACAAUCAUCAUCAGCCUUGUUGUGCAAAUUCUCUGGGAUUUAAGCUUUGGGCCGAGGUCACAAUUUCUCAUGCUUAAUCUCAGCACAAGGGCUGUCAAAUUGGAAGUUAAUGCUUCCCCCAUUUGAAACAAUCAUUAAACACACUGCCUUGCAAGUAGAGAACCCAAUCCUGGUUGAAAGGCUCCAAUUGAAAUCUGUCAUCAACCCUGUUGAGUCUGAUCCUCAUAUGUUCUGGGUAAUUACUGGACUAAAAACUUGAACUCAUCCCACAAACAGGUAGGACACUGGUUUAGUUCCAUUUCUGUGAAGCCAGAAGAAGCUGAAAUAAUUCAAACAUUAUAAGUAAUAAUCCAAAUGACUGCCAGUUUGGACUCCCCUUACCAUACCUCCCCCUUUCCCACCUAGAGUCAUAAACAUUGUAAUAGACCCUUCAGUCUGACUUGUUCAUGCCAACCAGAUAUCCUAAACUGAACUAGUCUGAUUUGCCUGUUUUUGGCCCAUAUCCCUCUAAACCUUUCCUAUUCAUGUACAUGUCCAAAUGUCUUUUAAAUGUUAUAAUUGCACCCCCUUCUAACACUUGCUGUGGCAGCUCAUUGCAUACUUGCAACACCCUCUGUGUGAAAAGCUUGCCUGUCAGGUCCCUUUAAAUCUUUCCCCUCUCACCUUAAACCUAUGCCCUCUAGUUUUGGACUCCCUAUCCUUGGAACAAGACCUCGGCUGUUCACCUUAUCCAUGCUCCUCAUGAAUUUAUAAACCUCUAUAAAGUCACCCCUCAGCCUCUGACACUCCUGCAAAAAAAGCUCCAGCCUAUCCAGUCUCUCCUUAUAACUCAAACUACCUCAGAUCUGUGUACCAGCUUUGCAUAAGAGCCAAACAAAAUACCUAAUGUUUUCAUUGGUGAGAUGCAUCUGAUGCCCAUCUGCUGUCUGUUUCAUACAAAUGUUUGCUCCAGAAACCAAUGUUUCCUGAAGUUAUCCCCAUAUCUUUCAACCUGUAUUACGAGUGAUAAGAUAGUUAUUUGGAUCUACAACAGUCCAAACAUCCCACUCAUAUCAAUAGAGUAAUUUAUUCCUCAUCAAUGUCAAGUAAACAGAUGUUGGUUGCAACUUGCAGAUACAAUAUUGUGACAAGCGUUUAAUUAUGUUGAUAUUUUAAACAGGUCAGAAAAGCUGAUUGAGCCACUGAACUGUAGUACAGUGUUUGCAUCAUAUCUAUUAUUUGCUUGUAGGUUGGUGAAACUUAUAAUAAAUUUCUUAUGUUAUUUCUGUAUA